AAACUUACCCUUCUUAAUCUGCGUCAAGAUGGAAAUGGCCUAUUUUUACGUCGCUGAAUGCGUAUUUAACUAGACAACAUCUGCACACCUAACCAACUCUUUAGAAAAUAAAUUACAUUCUUAAUCACAUAGGCCACAGCAGCUGGUCAACUAUGGCUCUCUCACGAACGAUUCGUAUGAUCGUCAUCCAGACCAUUCUCUGGAUCCUGUUACCAUUCUUCUGCAUCUACAAGUUCCUGAUGUUUUUCUACAGAUACUUUUCAACCGAAGACAUCAAGGGAAAAGUAGUUCUAAUCACAGGUGCAUCAUCAGGAAUUGGAGAGCACUUGACAUAUGAAUAUGCCAAAAGAGGAGCUUGUCUAGUUAUUGUUGCCAGGAGGGAGAAUCUCCUCAAGGAGGUGGCAGAAAAUGCCCGGAAACUUGGCUCGCCGGACGUUGUCCCCAUAUGUGCAGAUGUACUCAAGGUCGAUGACUGCAAGAGAUUUGUUGAGGAAACAGUUGACCAUUUUGGCAGAUUGGAUCAUGUUGUCAAUAAUGCCGGAAUUGUCUCCAUGUGCUUAAUUGAAGAUGCAGCUGACAUUACAAACCUCCAACCUGUUAUGGAUGUGAACUUCUGGGGAUCAGUUUAUCCGACUUACUUUGCAAUUCCUCACCUGAAAAGGUCCAAGGGAUCCAUCUUGGUUAAUGCAUCAUCAGCUGCAGUUUUGAGCCCACCAGGAUUGAGCAUCUAUUCUGCAAGUAAAGCGGCUUUGGUCAGCUUCUACGAGACGAUGAGAGUUGAACUAGCUUCUGAAAUCUCUAUAACAAUUGCAACUCUUGGUCCUGUAGAGUCAGAGAUUACCAAAGGGAAACACAUGACCAAGCAUGGAACUACAGAAUUUGACUCAGAGUUGGUAAAUGUUUUUUUAGAUGCUGAUCAGCUGCCAGCCAUGAGCUCCCCUGAUUGUGCAAAAGCAAUGGUGGACUCGGUAUGCCGGAAAGAAAGAUAUGUGACAGUACCCAAAUGGUGCAAGGUCCUAUUCCUGCUGAAGAUAUUAUGUCCUGAACUAAUUGAAUGGGCUAGCUACCAACACUGCUUGAAGAUAAAAUCCUGGGGAGCAAAGGCUACUCCAGUGCCUCCUCGUUCACAAAGUAAAUCAGACUAGCUGCAGUUUUUGGCUGUAGCGUGCAAACUCUAGAUAAUCUUUUUCCUAAUGAAGUCAUCAUCCCAGCACAAGCCAUGAAAAGCCGGUGAUCAUUGUCGUUGGAGUCGGCAAUUGGUUCUAUUUUUGCGUGACGAAACAUGCAAAUUAAGUGUCUGUUUUGGGACAUUGUUUUUCAUGGAGAAGCAAAAAUUCUUGGUUAUAUUCAUCAGUGUAACAGCUUAUAUUAGAUCA